UGUUAGCAAUGACGUAUUUUUGAACCGCCUGGCUUUCCAUAGACACAGGUUUUUCAACGGAUGUGCCUGCUGUAACAGGCCCAUGUCUGAAAACCCAGACAGACGGUCGCAUUUCACCAGAAAGUCAGCUUCACUCGAGAACGUCGGCUAAGACAAGACAGCAGCAGUAACGUUGGAGCAAGAUGGAGUGUGAGUGGAAGCCAGACGAGCAAGGACUUCAACAAAUUUUACAGCUGCUGAAAGAGUCUCAGUCGCCAGAUACGUCCACACAGAGAUCCGUCCAGCAAAGACUUGAGCAGCUGAACCAGUAUCCAGACUUUAACAACUAUUUGAUAUUUGUUUUGACAAAGUUAAAAUCAGAAGAUGAACCAACACGGUCCCUAAGUGGGCUGAUACUGAAGAACAAUGUAAAAGCCCACUAUCAGAACUUCCCUAAUGGCGUGUCUGAUUUCAUCAAGAGCGAGUGCCUCCAAAACAUCGGAGACUCUUCGCCCCUCAUCCGGGCCACCGUGGGUAUCCUCAUUACCACCAUCGCCUCCAAGGGAGAGCUACAAAACUGGCCGGAGCUUCUGCCUAAACUCUGCCUGCUGUUGGAUUCCGAGGACUACAACACAUGUGAGGGAGCUUUUGGAGCCCUGCAGAAGAUCUGUGAGGACUCUGCUGAGAUCCUGGACAGUGACAUACUGGAUCGUCCUCUGAACAUCAUGAUCCCCAAGUUCUUGCAGUUUUUUAAGCACAGCAGUCCUAAGAUUAGGUCUCAUGCCAUUGCGUGCGUUAAUCAGUUCAUCAUCAGCAGGACUCAGGCUCUCAUGCUGCACAUCGACCCUUUCAUUGAGAACUUGUUUGCUCUGGCGACGGAUGAAGAACCAGAAGUGAGGAAGAACGUGUGCAGAGCUCUAGUCAUGCUGCUGGAGGUUCGCCUGGACCGUCUCCUGCCACACAUGCACAACAUCAUAGAGUACAUGCUACAGAGGACUCAGGACCAAGAUGAAAAUGUUGCCUUGGAAGCCUGUGAGUUCUGGCUUACUCUGGCCGAGCAGCCUGUGUGUAAGGAAGUGCUCUGUGGACACCUCUCCCAGCUCACUCCAGUGCUUGUCAACGGGAUGAAGUACUCUGAGAUUGACAUCAUCCUGCUCAAGGGGGACAUCGAGGAAGACGAGGCCAUUCCGGACAACGAGCAAGACAUCAGGCCGCGCUUCCAUCGCUCCCGCACAGUUGCCCAGCAGCAUGAGGGCGACGGGAUCGAGGACGACGAAGACGACGACGAUGAACUGGAUGAUGACGAUGAUACUAUCUCUGAUUGGAACCUGCGUAAGUGUUCAGCUGCAGCGUUGGACGUGUUGGCCAACGUGUUCAGGGACGAUCUGUUGCUGCACAUUCUGCCCCUGCUCAAAGAGCUGCUCUUCCAUCCGGAGUGGGUAGUUAAAGAGUCUGGUAUCCUAGUGCUGGGGGCUAUAGCUGAAGGCUGCAUGCAGGGCAUGAUUCCAUACCUGCCCGAGCUCAUUCCCCAUCUCGUGCAGUGUUUGUCUGACAAGAAGGCCCUGGUGCGUUCCAUCACCUGCUGGACACUCAGCCGCUAUGCCCACUGGGUUGUCAGCCAGCCCCCGGAUACUUACCUGAAGCCUCUAAUGACAGAGCUGCUCAAACGUAUUCUGGAUAGCAACAAGCGUGUGCAAGAGGCUGCUUGCAGUGCCUUUGCCACUUUGGAGGAGGAGGCGUGUACAGAGCUGGUUCCCUACCUGGCGUUCAUCCUGGACACGCUGGUGUUCGCUUUCAGCAAGUACCAGCACAAAAAUCUGCUGAUUCUUUACGACGCCAUAGGAACACUGGCAGACUCAGUGGGGCACCAUCUCAAUAAACCGGAGUACAUCCAGAUGUUGAUGCCUCCACUGAUCCAGAAAUGGAACCAGCUGAAAGAUGAAGACAAAGAUCUCUUCCCGUUAUUAGAAUGUCUGUCGUCCGUAGCCACAGCCCUGCAGAGUGGCUUCCUGCCCUACUGUGAGCCUGUGUACCAACGCUGUGUCAACCUGGUGCAGAAGACCCUCGCUCAAGCCAUGCUUUAUCAGUCACAGCCAGACCAGUAUGAGGCCCCUGACAAAGACUUCAUGAUCGUGGCUUUGGAUCUUCUCAGUGGACUGGCUGAGGGUUUGGGAGGCACCAUUGAGGAGCUGGUUGCUCGUAGCAAUAUCCUCACCCUCAUGUACCAGUGCAUGCAGGACAAAAUGCCAGAAGUGCGUCAGAGUUCUUUUGCUCUGCUUGGGGAUUUAACCAAGGCUUGUUUCCAACACGUCAAACCAUGCAUCGCUGAUUUUAUGCCCAUACUGGGUACUAAUUUAAACCCAGAACUAAUAUCAGUGUGCAACAAUGCAACAUGGGCAAUUGGAGAGAUAUCUAUACAAAUGGGGUCUGAAAUGCAGCCGUACAUUGCCAUGGUGCUGCACCAGCUGGUGGAGAUCAUUAACAGGCCCAAUACCCCAAAGACUCUACUGGAGAACACAGCAAUAACAAUUGGUCGUCUUGGUUACGUUUGUCCUCAAGAGGUGGCACCCAUGCUACAGCAGUUUAUAAGACCCUGGUGCACCUCUCUACGAAAUAUAAGAGACAAUGAGGAGAAAGACUCUGCGUUCAGAGGAAUUUGCACUAUGAUCAGUGUGAAUCCGGGAGGCGUAGUGCAGGAUUUUAUAUUCUUCUGUGACGCAGUGGCCUCCUGGGUAAACCCAAAAGACGACCUCAGAGACAUGUUCUACAAGAUCCUCCACGGGUUUAAGAACCAGGUGGGAGAGGACAACUGGAGGCGCUUCUCAGAUCAGUUCCCCAUGCCACUGAAGGAACGCCUGGCGACAUUUUACGGGGUGUAACUGUUUCCGCAGCAGUGUGCCUCAUCACUGGGGUCAUAUACUAUGGGAAACAAUAUUGGGAACCUCUUUUACCCAGGGAACAUGUUACCCUUUACUGGGGGGAAGGGUCUGCCUGCUGAGGGGAGGGAAGGGGGUGCGGACCCCUCCCUGACCUGAAGGACGGGGUGGGAGGGAGGUGGUAGCUGCAGUGCUCAGUGCCCCCAUUGCACGGGCAAGGGGGGAAAGGGACUGGCAGAACAACCUUAUCAUGGGAGGAAAAUUCACGUUAUCACAUCUCAAUCAGAAAUAAUGAAAUCUAUCACCUUUUUUUUUUCUUGCCAUUUAUUCCCCAAACAUAUUUUCUGUUACCUGAACGACUGAAAAGAAAUGUAAGCGGAACUCAGUUUAUAUUUUUUUUUUGUUGCAAAACUCUGUGAAGCCUAUGCUCUUUGAUUUUGGUUAGAUGAAGAGUUUGCACAUUGAAAGGUGCAGAAAAUGGUCUUCAGAGCAGAUAGGCAUUCAUUAUCAUGUCAGCCAGGUCAAAGGCAUGUGGUAGUUCUCAGAACGACUGAAUUCUACCAGUGGAGUAGAAGUUUUUUUUUUUUAUUGAGUUAAGUUAAAGGUUCUCGAAGAGGUAUUUUCUCUAAAUACAAGGAUAUCUUAAACUAAAAAUAGCAGCUGAUGCUAAGAAAGCAUCAUAGUGGCUCCGACUGUGGAGAAUACAAUUUUAUAAUGCUGCAUAUCACCAAGAAUAAGUUAUCACCUAUAUACUUAUCACAUUUUUUUUUUCAGUGUUUCUUUUCUUUAUCUGGGCAAACUCUGUUUAUUAUGUCACUGGAGAGCACUUUUAAGAGCAGCUUUUCUGGGAAUAGGUAGCAUGCUUGUAUCAUCGUGAAAAGCUGUGGAACAUUAGUGGUGUGUGUUGCGUUUGACAGCUGUCAUUGCGGUGUGAAAAGGUUCUUCCUUGACCUUGUAAUUCUAUUUACAGUACCUUUUUUGUUUUUUUUUUUGGUUUUUGUUUCCUCUACCAGAUAAUUACGGCAAACGGCUGUAACGUAGCAUGACUGGGUUUACACACCGAAUUCCGGAGAUGUUUAAAAUCUUGGCUGUGGUGUAACGUCGGAGUGAAUCUCUCGGUCUGGUCUCGUGGCGUGAAUGUGACGUGGACGUUCAUCAGCGAGCUUUAGAUGCUUACGAUCCUUUAUAUUGUCUGGAGUCUCAUGAAGGAGAAAGUCGUAGGAGACAACUCGACGACCCAAAUCCCGUCUUAGUGAUUUUUGUGACUCUGGCGCUCAGAACCAUGCAGUCCAUCGAAUGAAUGUUAAAUAUGUUAAUUUCUCAAUGUGCUGAAGUUUUCUUCUUGGUUGUUUGGCUUCUUGUGCUUAAAGCAUGAUCUCGAGGAUGACUGUAUAAUGUUUUGGGUGGUUGUGUUUUGUGGGGUACUUUCAUCUCUUGCAUGUUGGUGGCCCCUCACAGCCCAACAUAUAGUGGGAAGGGGAUUACGGGAGGGAGGGGAGCUUCAAUUAAAGGUUAAAAAGUACAUAGUAACCAUUUAUGUAUUGCAACACUGGGACUUUUAUAACUUCACAUAAAUCUUGCUGGAGUGUUCUCCCUAAACUUUUACCCCAUAGCUGGAUGUAUAGUUUUUAAAUACUGUGAAACUACACCAAUGUUAUUGUCUCUGGUUGUUUUUGCGCUGUUAUAUUUUAUGAAAUGUGUACGUGUUUAAGUUACAGAUAGCCUUAAUGUAUUCCAUGAUGGGUUGGAGAGAUAAGAAGAUUUUUUUUUAAUUUUUUUUUUAAUGCCCUGCCAGUCUUUGUUCCUCUGCUGGCCAGAGUAAUAACUGCAGUAUUUUAACCCUUUGCGAUGCACAUAACAUGCACUUAACAUUUCAAUUGCAAGUGCUUGAAAUAUGAUGAUAAUGAUGUAGCCAAACCCUUCAGAAUAUGACCUUAGUGUUAACGGAUCAUAAAUCCAGUAUUGCUGCUAAAAUGCAUUUACUAAGUAUCUCGAUGCAAUGGGGUUAUUAGUUUGUGAAAGUGUCUUAGAUAAACUUUCACAAUACGAAAUAUAUAACUGAUCCUUUAGAGUUAACAUUAAUGAGGCAAACAGUAAAUACGGGAUAUAAUGCAUCAUGGAAUACAAAGGCAAAUACUUGUAUGUGCCACAUCGUUUUGUGUUUUGAAGUGAUUUUGUCUGUCACAUUCCAGCUCUUUGGCAUGCAAAAAAAAUGGAGUAAUCAUGGCUUGAUGGGGUGUGUGUCUGUGUGUGUGUGUGUGUGUGUCUGUGUGUGUGUGUCUGUGUGUGCGCGUGUGUGUGUGUAGGUCUACAAAACACAUGCAAAACAAUCCCCACCAUUACUGUGCUGUAUUUCUGACUUGACUGCUGCUAUACAUUGUAGUUGUGUUUCACUACUUGAAUACGUGUUUUCUAUGUGUUAACCUCAGGUUGUGUGUGUUCAGUGUUAUUUGUUAUCAUUUCCCCAAUGUGUACGCUUUCAUGCAUCUCCUCUCAACAACUAAAGAUUAGUAAAACUUCAUCUUAAAAAUGGGUACCUGGGUGUUAAUUGACAUUAAUGUUGAUAUGUGUGCAACACUGCUAGCUGUCAAAUGUGAUUACAAUUGCAAGGCAGGGGGGGACGAAUAAAAUGGUAACUUGCACAUACUUAAUGGACUUUUUGUCAAAAGUGAUUGUUAUCAGAUGAUGGUAAACAUUUAGUGUAAUGUGUACACAAUGCCUUGAGAGCAAAUACUUUGAGGUUCUGUUGGUGUUUUGCAAUAGAUCUACAGUUUACUGACUCUAAAGAAACAGGUAACACCUAAUUUAAAAGCAAAGAAGUAGGUUGACAACUCAUAAAGAUAUUAUAAACCUAAUUUGCAAAUAUAAGUUUGACCUUCUAUGAAGCUUUAUUGAAAAUGUGUAUUUUAUAAAGCACCCAACAAUAUUAAGGAAUGUCUAAAAACUCCUGUAUUCUCAUUUAGCCUUCAAACUCGAUUGACUAUCUGCCUUCAUCUUUUUUGCUAAUAAAAGUAAAAACAUCAUUUUGAUAGACCUGAUUUGAAUUUUUUUUUUAAUAAGCUGCUGAAUUAAGGAAAAAAAAAGUAAUACUUUUGGGGCCACCAAAUAUUUUGGAUCAUGCAAAGAAUCUAUAUUGUACUGUAGUAAUUUUGUAAUAUUUGUAAGAUGAUAUAGUGGAUGUGACUGGUUACCAUUGCUUGAAUCUGUACAUUGUUCCAAUAAAUUGUUUACAUUAUU